GUAUUGGACAAUAACUAGAAACUGCAAAAAUGGUGAAUCGCUGUGUGGUGUGCAAAAAAUCAGCAGUAAAAGCAGUGGGAAAUCCAUGCACCGAAUGCCUAUUGAUAGUGCUCGACAGAAAUUAUGGAUGGACCAGUUAAAACUGAAAAUUUCAGAAUCUUCCAAAUGGGUAUAUGUUUGCUCUGACCAUUUCUGUGACGAAGAUUUCAUCCUUAAAUUUGGAAAAAAAUGUUUGAAAACUGAAGCUAUUCCAUCCAGGAUUUCAUUGCCUGAUCCUUGUUCAAGUAACACAUUAGCGGCUUCAGACGAAAGGUAUAUGACCCAGGACCCAUCAGAUGUUGGUAAAGUUGGGGAGUCCUCAAAAUUGAUUGGUUCUGAAUUAUCAGGAACUUCAGAUUUGUCUGCUACCGCAAGUGCUUCAGAUUUAUCAGGCAAAGUCGAUUCCUUAGAAGUAUUUGAUACUGAAAAAUUUGCAGCACCACAUACAAAUACUUCAUGUUGCACAUCGACUGCUUCAGAUGGAAGGAGUGUGACCCAGACACUCUCAGAUAUUGGUAGAGUAGAGGAAUUCCCAAAACUGAGUGGUUCUGAACUAUCUAAAACUUCAACAGCUUCAGAUUUGUCUGCUACAUUAACUGCUUCAGAUUUGUUUGCUACAUGCAAUGAUUGCACCAGUCUGUUGAUACCCCUCAUCAAAGAAACUACGUUAUAA